CCAUCCGAGUUCUCUGUUUGUGCAGACCACAGGCCUGGAGUCAGUUUCGUACUCAAAACUCAUUAUGUUCCAAUAUGAAAGAAUAUCGUCAAACUUGACACAGAUCAGCUAAACGGACAGGCCGGCUGCUUCAUUGACGGUUACACAGUGUGACAUCAUCGGCUCAUAGCUUAGCGAACUGUCAGGGAGUGGAGUCUCACAUUCCACUCUGUAGCUAUCAACCAGCUAAUUUACCUUGAUAGCUUAUAGGUAUCGAUAUAUAGUUUGCGAACUGCACUAUUAGUGGAUCAAAAAUCCCACAAUCAGCAUGUCGGACAAGAGCGAGCUGAAAGCUGAGCUGGAGAGGAAGAAACAGCGUCUUGCUCAGAUCAGAGAGGAAAAGAAGAGAAAAGAAGAGGAGAAGAAAAAGAAGGAUGGAGAUUCCAAGCGUGGAGGGGAGGGGGCAGGGGGUGGGUCAACAGCACCUCAAGAAGACUCUGACUUGGAGAAAAAGAGAAGAGAUGCAGAGGCUCUACUUCAGAGCAUGGGUAUCACCCCUGAUACUCCCAAUGUCCCCGCCCCCAUGUCCCCUUCCAACAAGUCAGUGGGCAGCGAGACAGGAAGCCAGGACUCUGGAGAUGGAAAUGCCGGACCAAGGACGUUGCACUGGGAUCCUGACCCCUCUACUCUCCAGCUCCACUCCGACUCUGAGCUACUGGGGCGGGGUUCUGUCAGGCUGGGUAUGGCAAAGGUGACCCAGGUGGACUUUCCUCCAAAAGAGAUGGUCUCUUACUCCAAGGAGACUCAGACACCCACCCAAACGCUCUCACACUCCCAGGCCAAAGCAGAAGAAGAGGACGAAGAGGAGAUGGCUGUAGUGGCACCAGCUGAGGAGAGUCCAGAGGAAAAAGGAGAACAAGGAGAGCAGGAGGAGGAGGCUCCUCCUCAGGAGUUGACAGAGGAAGAAAAGAUGCAGCUUCUUCACUCUGAAGAGUUCAUGUCGUUUUUCGAGCGAGGGAGCCGGAUCGUGGAGCGCGCCCUCUCUGAGCGCGUGGACGUUUGCUUCGACUACAGUGGGAAAGACCUGGAGGACAGGGAGGGUGAGAUGCAGGCGGGGGCUAAGCUGUCUCUCAACAGGCAGUUCUCAGAUGAGCGUUGGUCCAAGAACCGAGUGGUCACCUGUCUGGACUGGUCCCCUCAGUACCCAGAGCUGCUGGUGGCGUCCUACAACAACAACGAGGAUGCUCCCCAUGAGCCUGAUGGAGUGGCUCUGGUGUGGAACAUGAAGUACAAGAAAACUACACCAGAGUACACCUUUCAUUGCCAGUCAGCUGUGAUGUCAGCGGCCUUCGCCAGGUUCCAUCCUAACCUGGUGGUGGGCGGGACUUAUUCCGGACAGAUUGUCCUAUGGGACAACAGGAGCAACAAACGCACUCCUGUACAGAGGACCCCACUGUCUGCAGCUGCACACACGCACCCUGUGUACUGUGUGAACGUGGUGGGAACCCAGAAUGCUCACAACCUCAUCAGCAUCUCCACCGACGGCAAGAUGUGCUCCUGGAGCCUGGAUAUGCUGUCCCAGCCUCAGGACAGUUUGGAGCUGGUGUUCAAACAAAGCAAGGCGGUGGCCGUCACCUCCAUGGCCUUUCCUCUGGGGGAUGUCAAUAACUUUGUGGUGGGAAGUGAAGAUGGCUCUGUCUACACAGCCUGUCGCCAUGGGAGUAAGGCAGGUAUCAGUGAGGUAUUUGAGGGCCACCAUGGACCAGUGACUGGGCUGAGCUGUCACAGUGCUGGGGGACCUGUCGACUUCUCUCAUCUGUUCAUCUCUGCUUCCUUCGACUGGACCGUCAAGCUCUGGACUACCAAGAGCACCCGUCCCCUGUACUCGUUUGAGGACAGUAAUGACUAUGUUUAUGACGUCAUGUGGUCUCCCACACACCCCGCCCUGUUCGCCUGUGUGGACGGAGCGGGACACUUGGACCUGUGGAACCUCAACAACGACACAGAGGUCCCCAGUGCCAGUGUGUGUGUAGAGGGCGCUCCAGCGCUGAACCGCGUGCGUUGGGCUCACUCUGGGAGAGAGAUCGCCACCGGAGACUCGGACGGACAGGUGCUCGUCUACGACGUGGGAGAGCAAAUCUGCGUGCCCAAGGCUGAUGAGUGGACCCGCUUCGUGCGCACGCUCGCCGAGAUCAACGAGAACCGAGAUGAAGGGGAGGAGCUGGCCGCACAGCGCCUGGUGGCGUAAUCACCAUGGCUACAGAGAAACAGGAAGAGCCCUGCUAAACGUGUCAUAGUGGAAAAAAGAAGCCCUCCUUUCUGCUUCCAGCAUCUUCUCCCCUUCCUGUCUCCAGCUGCAUCACGUUGCAUAGAGUUAGAACGAGUAGAACAACAACACCAGCGGCUUGGGGGUCACACCUCAUGUCCAUGAUCAGACUGCUUCCGUCUGGCAUAGACAAGUUCACCACUGAUACCCUUUAAUAACGUUUUUGUUUGUCGAACAGGGCUGCUAUUGUGUGUGUGUGUGGAGGUGGGUAGCGGGGCGGGAGAACUUCUUUGCAUCAUUCUAUCUCCAUGACGAUAUCCUCAGGGUUUCUGUCUAGAGCUCUUGACCAACUCUGUCCUUUUCUACACACAGUAUGCAAAGCUUUGAACUUUUGGACCUUUUACAGCCUUUUUGUGUGUUUAUACACUAAUAUAUGUUACAGAUGUUUUACCGGUGUCUAGGCGUGUGUAGCUGGUCCUGGGGACUUGUCACCUUAGUGGGGAUAAGGAUACUUCUGUAUGGUAAACGACUUGUCCUCCUUAGUUAUCGAGGCCCAUUCAAGCUAUGCUAUUUGAACGUUCUUUAGUAGAACCUCUCACACGUUCUCACUGCAGAAUGGUGCAAGUUGUGUGUCCUACUUGUGUUUUGACCACUAAAUUAUUUAUCCUGUUGUUGCAUUUCAUAGUAGUAGUAAUAUAUCGAAGUAUUGUUUCUGCUGAUAGCUUUACUUUUACAUUCUUAACAUGAGCACUACGUCUAGCUUUUAACUACGAGACAAAAGUACUUAACUUGCCCUGUAGGAUUUAACACUAGGUUCUUAAUGUAGGUGUUGUUUUUCUGAACCAAAGCUAGUAUUAUUUAGUGUUAGACAUACACAAACAAUGUUUAGUAAUAAACCAAGUUUAUUUACCCUUUUUUAAAGGGUUAUAAUGAAGCCUGAAUCAUUUUCAGUUAUGUAUGUUUACCCCUUAACAUUCUAUGACAGAACCGGUCAUAUUAAUUAUUGGUUACAACAUAUUGCACUAAAAUAUUCCCCAGUUCCCAAAGGUCUGUCAUUGGUUAUAGAUUCUUUUAUACUGGGUCAUUUUUCUGAGAUGGGACACUUCCAGUCCAGUAAUGACCAAACGGUUGCUUCUGCCCUUUGAAAUGAAGACAUUUUCAUGUGGAUACAAUUAAAACCACAUGGAUGAUUUAUUUCAAUAAAAUACAAUACAAUGAAUGAAUUGAAAUACAUUUAAUUUAUUAUUACCUAAUUCUCUGCUCAUUUAUCAAUAAACACUUUAUUGAAAA